UUAUCUCACCUCUCUCUCUCUCUCACGCUCUCAUUUGCUCUCUCAUUCUCUAAUGGAGGACGCAGGCGGAGGAGACGAUCGAUCGAGCUACGUCUGUGGAUUGAUCGAGAACAGAGCGAAGGAGGUUGGUGUGGCCGCCUUUGACUUGCGGUCGGCUUCUCUGCAUCUUUCACAAUACAUUGAAACAAGCUGUUCAUAUCAAAAUACGAAGACCCUACUGCACUUCUAUGAUCCUAUGGUAAUAAUUGUGCCCGCAAUCAAGCUGGCACCAGACGGUAUGGCUGGAGUCUCAGAGCUUGUAGAUAAACAUUACUCUUCAAACAAAAAGGUCAUAAUGUCUCGUGGCUGUUUCGAUGAUACCAAGGGAGCUGUUUUGAUUAAAAAUUUGGCAGCUAAGGAGCCAUCUGCUCUUGGCUUAGAUACUUAUUACAAACAAUAUUAUCUUUGCCUAGCUGCCGCUGCUGCAACAAUCAAAUGGACUGAAGCGGAGAAGGGUGUGAUCAUUACAAAUCAUUCUUUAGCGGUUACUUUUAAUGGCUCAUGUGAUCACAUGAAUAUAGACGCGACAAGUGUCCAGAAUUUGGAAAUUAUUGACCCAUUGUGUACUGAACUCUGGGGCAGUAACAACAAGAAGAGAAGUCUGUUCCAGAUGCUGAAGACAACAAAGACUAUUGGAGGGUCUAGACUACUUCGAGCGAACUUGUUGCAGCCUCUGAAAGACAUUAAAACCAUCAAUGCUCGUCUAGAUUGCUUAGAUGAGUUGAUGAACAAUGAAGAGUUAUUCUUUGGUCUAUCCCAGGGUCUCCGUAAAUUCCCUAAAGAGACUGAUAAGGUUCUAUGCCACUUCUGUUUUAAACCAAAAAAGAUCACUGAAGAAAUUUUGAAGCCUGCCAACGGAAGAAAGAGUCAAUUGUUGAUAUCGAACAUUAUCAUUCUGAAAACAGCUCUAGAUGCCUUGCCUUUUCUUACAAAGGUGCUCAAGGAUGCAAAGAGUUUUCUGCUUUGCAAUAUUUACAGAUCUGUUUGUGAAAAUGAAAAAUAUGCCUGCAUGAGACAGAGAAUUGGUGAUGCGAUCGAUGAAGAUGUUUUACAUGCAAGGUCUCCCUUUGUUGCCUGCACACAACAAUGUUUUGCCAUCAAAGCUGGAAUAGAUGGGCUUCUUGAUGUUGCCCGGCGUUCUUUCUGUGAUACAAGUGAAGCUAUCCAUAACCUUGCAAACAAAUACCGUGAGGAAUUUAAGAUGCCAAAUUUGAAGAUUCCUUAUAAUAAUAGGCAAGGAUUUUACUUUAGCAUUCCCCAAAAGGACAUAACUGGAAAACUUCCUGAAAAAUUUAUUCAGGUUGUGAAACAUGGGAAGAACAUGCACUGCUCAAGCGUUGAACUUGCUUCACUAAACAUCAGGAAUAAAUCUGCAGCAGCUGAAUGUUUUAUGAGGACAGAGUUUUGCUUGGAAGGACUAAUUGAUGACAUAAGGAAGGAUAUUUCCAUUUUGACACUGCUCGCAGAGGUCUUGUGCCUUUUAGAUAUGCUAGUCAAUUCCUUUGCAAACAUGAUAUCUACUAAGCCUGUCGAUCGCUAUACAAGACCAGAAUUCACAGUAAAUGGUCCGAUGGCAGUCGAUGCUGGACGGCACCCGAUUUUAGAAAGCUUGCACAAUGAUUUUAUUCCUAACAAUCUUUUCCUAUCAGAAGCAUCAAACAUGGUGGUUGUCAUGGGCCCAAACAUGAGUGGCAAAAGCACUUAUCUUCAACAAAUUUGCUUAAUCAUUAUCCUCGCACAAAUUGGGUGUUAUAUUCCUGCGCGUUUUGCGUCACUAAGAGUUGUUGAUCGCAUAUUCACUCGGAUAGGGAGUGGAGACAAUGUUGAAUAUAACUCUAGCACUUUUAUGACUGAAAUGAAAGAGACCGCUUUCUUGAUGCAAAACAUUUCUCCAAGGAGCCUUGUUGUCAUGGAUGAACUUGGAAGGGCUACUUCUACCUCUGAUGGAUAUGCAAUUGCUUGGAGCUGUUGUGAGCAUUUACUUUCUCUCAAAGCGUAUACUAUAUUUGCUACACACAUGGAAGAGUUAUCUGAAUUGGCAACCAUCUAUCCUAAUGUCAAGAUUCUUCAUUUUGAAGUUGAUUUGAGGAACAAUCGCUUAGACUUCAAGUUUUGCCUCAAGGAUGGACCACGCCAAGUACCACACUAUGGCCUCUUACUGGCUGGAGUUGCGGGUCUACCAAGUUCUGUGGUUGAAACAGCAAGAAGCAUCACCACAAAGAUCACGGAUAAGGAAGUGGAGAGGAUGGAUAUAAACUGCGAGCAGUACCAUUCAAUUCAAAUGGCGUACAGAGUAGCUCAAAGACUUAUUUGCUUAAAAUACUCCCAGCAAGGUGAGGAUGAGACCCGAAGAGCUUUGCAAAAUCUUAAGGAGAGCUACACAGAAGGUCGGUUAACUUGAUGUGUAGAUUUUACUACAAUUACAUGUAUAUUCCUUUUUCCCUUAUUGUUUUAAUAUUAGCAUGUUAUUAAGAAAAUAAUAAUGUUUACACAAAUAAUCUUUUGCCAUUAUUGCUAAUGCAAUUGUUUUUUGCUUCGUUAUCCUUAAUCAGAGAGAAUUUCACUCUGUACUUUUUUCUUUCUACAUCGAUUAUUUCCAAAAUGCAUCUUCACCAGAUUCCCAUGUGGCCUACAAAUUGUGGGGACUACUAUAUUCCCUUACACCUUUUAGAUAAGACAGUUCUCAGGUUUUACUAUGGGACCUUGUACACUUCCAUUUAUUUGUACCCAACUGCAAAUUAUGCGCAUUCAACUACUGUCAGAUUCUCUACCCUAGUAGCUUUCUAGUAGGACUUAAUUUUUCGGGUGAAUGCAGAUACAGUUCUUUUAUCUAGAAAAGGUUCAUUAGAAGGUCUCAGUGACACACACUUCUUGCUUCGAGAGAAACAGCACUAAAUGAUUCCAAGAACCAAAUGAUUUACUCAGUGGGAUAUGCAUGAGGCACAGGGAUUGUCACAACAAUUGGAAAAAUUACUUCUGCCACUAAAAUGAAACAAAAUUUCAUAUUUAAAAUGUCCGACAAAAGAUACUAGCAUGUACAAUUAUCUUUUCCAUAGAUGAUUUAAACCUCACAG